GGCAAGAACUUCAUCAGCUAUGCCAACCUGCAGCAGCACAACAGCGUGCACUCAGGCGAGAGGCCCUUCACCUGCUCCGACUGCGGCAAGAGCUUCAAGACUGCACAGGUCCUGAAGAUGCACCGACGGGUGCACAAGGCUGAGAAGUCCUAUGGCUGCUCCACCUGCGGCAAGAGCUUUGCCCGGUCGUCUGGGCUGCGGGUGCACCGGCGGGUGCACAGCAGUGAGCGUCCCUUCACCUGCUCCGACUGCGGCAAAGGUUUCAAAUCAUCGACGGACCUGAAGGUGCACAGACGCCUGCACACCGGGGAGCGGCCCUACACCUGCAGCUACUGCGGCAAGGACUUCACCCAGUCCAGCAACCUGCUGGAUCACCAGCGCACCCACACCGGGGAGCGCCCGUACACUUGCGUCCAGUGCGGCAAGGGCUUCGCCCAGUCCAGCAUCCUGCUGGCGCACCAGCACACCCACACGGGCGAGCGCCCCUACACCUGCGCACAGUGUGGCAAGGGCUUCACCCAGUCCAGCAACCUGCUGUCCCACCAGCGCACCCACACCGGCGACCGUCCUGUCCCCAACCCGGUGUGUGGAGAGCGCUUUGCCAUGGCCUCCCAUGCCCUGUCUCACCAGAGUGUGCACACCAGUGGCCAGUCCUACGACUGCCCGUACUGCGGUGAGGCGUUUGACAGCUCGCGGGGGUUGCGGCAGCACCGGCGGGCCCACGCCGGCGAGCGACUGCUCCCACUGCGGCAAGCAUCUCAAGAGUGCAUGGGGGCUGCGGCAGCACCCGUGGAUACACACUAGAGAGAGACCCUUUGUGUGCACUGAGUGUGGCAAAGGUUUCACCCGCAUGUCCAGCCUGUGGCAGCACUGCCGUACCCACAGCGGUGAGCGUCCCUUCCCCUGCCUGUCCUAUGGU